AUGGCGGCAGAACGAUGGAUUAUUCUGUUGGUGUUUGGAAGAUAUUUACUUCAUACAGAUGCUGUAUGCACAUAUCCAACAGACGUGAGAGGUGAAUGGUAUUCGUCGUCAAACGGCCUGCUCACAUUCCAGAGCUCAUCCAUUGAAGGUUUUACCAGCAGUGCUACACUUAUAGGUACACAAAAUUACACAUGUGAAUUUGAUGGAACAGGCGACAGAUAUAUAAGCAAAGCAACCGUUCAGUUUUUCACGACAGUAACCGGCGAGGUGUAUCUCUGUAUCAACAUGAUGAAAGUCACAGAAAACAAGUAUAUUGUCCAGUAUGAAUCAGAAAUCGACUCCACCACAAACCAACGCGAGGUUGUCAUUUUUUCUGGAACUGGUCAAGUGGCCACAGAAAAUAACACAUGUAAUAUAGUAGGUUCCUAUCCGACGGGCAACCAUGAAAUCUUCGUUCAAAAAGAUUCAGUAGAGAGCGCUGCUAUAUCGUGUCCUGACGUUCUAAAGAGUACAUUUGAUGUCUUGGUUUCCGAUCUGUCUUGUACCGGAUCAAAAUUAGACGGAAAAACAAACACCACUCGACUGUCUUUUACGUAUUCCAGCUGCGCCCAGCAAGCGUUAUUUUCAUCAAAUGGACAGUAUACAUGCAUGUACAGUUUAAACGAAGGAUCAUAUACUUAUCUUAAUGUACUCAACAAUGAUUCUUCUGUAAAUGAGCCAACAACCUACAGGUUCUCAUGCUUCGUAUUGGAGACACAAAAGAGACUUGUUUAUCUAACACAAUACCCGGAAAUAUGUCAAUCUGGACAGACACCGUACAACGUAUCCUCACCCGGAAGAUACCUGUUGUUUGUUAACAACGACCCCGUUACAGACAUGGGUGGACAGAUCGCUGUUGGGGUCAUUGUCGGUCUUGCGGUCAUCCUCGUCUUCGUUUUUGGCAUUGUAUCAUUUCUGAAGUGGUUUAUGUACGCAAGCAAGAAAAAAAUCAACCCAUUGCAAGACGCAGAAGCAAUUCAGGACACAGCAAGAUACUACUGGAGAUUCCUUAAAAAGAGGUUUGCUGAAAAGGAAGAACCUUUCGAUGAUAUUCCAAAGAUCUUAAAGAUCAGAAAGAAAAGAAUGGAACGAAAAGCGCAGUUGGCCAGAAAGGAAUCGUUUGUGAUGGAGUUAGAAGUUCAUGAAGAAAUAAGCGAAGAACCUGAGUUUUCUGAUAUUGAAAUAACUGUGCCUAAGUCUGCUAUUCGGCGAUUACCGUCAAUGGAUCGUAAGAAAUUUGUACAGUGGAUAGAUCACAGAAAUACAGGUGUGACGGACUUCCGAGCGACGCCAAUCUGGCAGAAAGACUGGGAAUCCUAUAGGGACCCAUUUAAUAUGCAAAAUAUAAACAGAUGCGCUACACCUAGUACCAGUGGAUUUAGUGUCAGAACACUGUCCUCCGUAAUAGACUCUGGGGAAAUAUCGUGGUAUGAACCAGAGAAGGUGGAGAAAGGAAAGCUUAAUGCCAUGUGGAGAAGAAUAUACAAGUUACUGCCUAUGUUAUCGAAGAAGAAAGAGCCAGAUUAUUUUGGAAGUUGA